AUGGAGGUGAGAGGCGGAGUCACCUGCCCGCCCUCUAGCCCCCCAGGCCUGAGGGAGGGACUUGAGCCCAAGGUAGCGUUCCGUGGAAGCGCGAAUCGCUGCUGGAACCUCGGUGCCGACCCCAGCGGUAGGCUAACGGACGUGUUCAACAGCGUGAUGCUGACCGGCUCCACGUCCUUCUAUGAUUGCUACAAAUCGCAGAGUGAAGACAGUGUUGAUCUAAGGCAGAUCUAUACUCCACUUUCUUCAUCAGAAUAUUCAAGUUCUAUAGAUUCUUCACUUUUCUAUGCACCAUGGUCUACUUAUGGAGAUGAUACUAAACAGCCUUCUAAUUCCCAGAUCAAUGUAAAGAACAGGAUUCAAACGGAAAGAAAUGACUAUGGCAGUGAAACAGACUUAUAUGGACUUGUGUCUAACAUUUUGGAAGAACAAGACAAGUCACAGCCAUAUUUUGCUGAGGGGACCUGCUCCUCCAAUUUAAAGUCAGUUUGGCCAGUGAACACAAGCAGAUUUGCAGAUCACCAUGACCUCUUAACAGAAACCAAAAGGCCAAUAGAUACAGCCAUCUCUCAGCAAGCUUUUUAUAGUGGUGAAUCUGUGUCAGCAGUGGAAAAGCAAUACCUGCAUAAUAGUAAUCUAACACCACAGCAAAAAAUAGAUGAACUUUAUCAUGGAUUUACUGGGUUAGACCUUGAAGAACAAUGGAUGUACCCCUCACGAAGUGAUCAUUCUAAUUGUUACAAUAUCCAGACAAAUGAUACAGCUAAGACAACAUUCCAAGAUUUUCCACUUAUCAAAAACUGUUUUACAUCACAGACUGGUCUGUCUGACAUCAUGAAAGAAUCAGGAAUUGAUACUUAUCCUUAUGGAAGAGAGAAAAUAUGUGCUAAAGGUCUUGAAGCACCAUUACAGCAAAAAAGGGCAGAGAUGUUUCUUUCUCAAUUUAAUAGAUACAGUGAAAACACAGAUUAUUGUAGAUACCCAGAAUAUGUUCAUCCUAAUAAGGUUAAGCUUAAUAAGUGUUCAAAUUUUAAUGUCCAGGAUAGUAAAAAAUUAGCCAAUGGCACACCUGAAACACCAACAAUAGAAGCAGACACCUACACAAAGUUAUUUCAGGUUAAACCAGCAAAUCAGAAAAAAAUGGAAGAGACAAUAGCUGACCAGCAGAAUUUCACAUUUCCAAAAACCACACCACAUCUGACAGAAAAACAGUUGGCAAAUGAAGCAGCAUUCACUGCUGAUUUUGGCUUAAAAUCAGAAUAUGGACUAAAACCUCAUGCGGGUUGUCCAGCUAAUAAUGAUUUUGCUAAUGUCACAGAAAAACAACAAUUUACUAAACCUGACCCCUCAAAUUCUGAGUAUUUUAAAUCUGUGAAUUUAUUAUCAAACUCAGCAACACCUUCAGGAGGUAUCAGGUUAAACAGACCAACUUGGAUGAAUGUCCAAACAAAAAAUAACACUCCUAUUCCUUAUCGAAAUCAAGGUAACUUGAUGAAAUUAAAUAGUCACUUAAGUGUAGCUUCUAAAGGUUCUAACCAUUCUUCAGAUUUCCCCCAACUAUCAUCCACAAAUUUAACCCCAAAUAGUUUAUUUCAGAAGUAUUGCCAAGAAAAUCCUUCAGCAUUUUCUAGUUUUGAUUUCAGUUACAAUGGUGCAGAAAGAAUUCAAUCUGUCAAUCACAUGGAAGGACUGACAAAGACUGGAGAAGAAAAUCUCUUUGAAUCAGUUACUGAUAAAAAAAUAAAGCAGCCAAAUGGAUUUUGUGAUAACUAUGCAACUCAGCAGUAUGGGAUCAUUGAAAAUGUAAACAAACAUAAUUUUCAAGCUAAGUCUCAGAGUGGACAUUAUGAUGCUGAGGAAGGUCCAAAGCACUUAGAUGGCUUAUCUCAAAAUACGUAUCAAGAUCUGUUGGAGUCACAGGGUCAUUUUAAUAGCCACAGACAGGGAAGUGGAGACAACAAUAUUAAUAGCCGUGUGAAUCGCACACAGGCAUCAUGCUUUUCUAAUAAUUAUAUGAUGGGAGAUUUAAGGCAUAAUCAGAGUUUUCAACAAGUUGGUUCAAAUGGGUUUCCCCUAAGAUCCACUCACCCAUUUGGCCAUUCAGUUGUUCCACUGUUGGAUUCUUAUGAUAUGUUUUCUUACGAUGACUUAAGCCAUUUGUACCCUUAUUUUAAUGAUAUGAUGUAUGGUGAUAAUUCGUUUUCUGGUUUCGUGCCAACUUUUGGAUUUCAAAGACCAAUUAAAACCCGUAGUGGACCAGCCAGUGAACUUCAUAUUCGACUAGAAGAGUGCUAUGAACAAUGGAGAGCAUUAGAAAAGGAGAGAAAAAAGACUGAAUUGGCCCUGGCCAAGAAUUACCCAGGAAAAAAAGUAUCCAGUACUAACAACACUCCAAUUCCAAGGCUGACCUCCAACCCAUCUCGAGUUGAUCGCUUAAUUGUGGACGAACUUCGAGAACAAGCCAGAGUUGUGACUCUACUAGGCAAAAUGGAACGUCUUCGAAGCUCUCCCCUUCAUGCCAAUAUCUCUACUGCUCUUGAUAGACACUUGGAGUCCGUUCACAUCGUACAGUCACGUAGAAAGGAUGAAAUUGUUAAUGCUUCAAAUCGGCAAAGGCAAGGAGUUCCUAGAUGCCAAGAUGACAGAGAUGUUUUUGCCCUUGCUUCAGCAAUUAAAGAGAUGUGUGUGGCUACUCGGAAAGCACGCACUACCCUGUGGUGUGCACUUCAGAUGACCUUGCCAAAAACAGCCAGUACAGCUGGCCAAACAGAUGUGGAAAAGGCUUUACAAGAUACAGUAAACUGUGAAGAUAAAGUCCAUGAAAACAUAAAUAAUAGCAAUCCAAUGAACCAGAGAGGUGAAGCAAACAAACAUUAA